AUGGUUCUCUCACUCUCAUCCUCUGACGCAGGAGUCGCUUCAAGUGUUAGAUUAAACUGCUAUUCUAAUCCCACAGACCUUGCUAAUUGUGUUCGCGGCAUGAAGAAGAUUGGUGAGUGGUUAAGGACAAGUGCAUUAAAACCAUAUAAAGUUCAAAAUUUGCCGGGUGUUGAAGGUUUCAAGUAUUUGGGAAAACCUUUACCAAAUAACCAAACAGAUAAUACAGCAUUCGAAAGAUUUUGCCUAGAGUCGAAAGGCUCACAUUGGCAUUACCACGGUGGAAGCCUUGUCGGGAAGGUGCUUGAUGGUAGUUUCCGUGUUAAAGGGAUCAAAGCAUUACGCGUUGUUGAUGCCUCCCCAUUCUCUACCACAUCAGCAAGCCAUCCUCAGGGCUUCUAUCUGAUGUUAGGCAGGAAGAUGAGUUUGAAGGGAGGCUAUUCAUAA